AUGUACUAUUUAUUCAGAAUUUACUAACUUCAAAUAAAAAAAUAAUUAAAUACAGUUUCAAUAUUUUUAUCAAAUUUAACUACUUACUCUUUAAAGUAAUCUUUUCUUCAGUAUUUCAGGAAGUUUAAGCCAAAAUAUUUUCAAAUACAAUAUUCUGGAUAAUAUUUUGCAUUAUAAUAGAAAUAAGGGAUGAAUUAAAAUAAAAAAUCAAUAAUAAAAUUCAUUAAUCGAAAAUGAAUUAGAAUUAAAAAAAAUAUUGCCAUAAUAUUCUUUAGAUUUGCUUUUACUAAUGCAACAAUAGGAAUUUCUUAUCUACUAUCUCUAAUUUUCAAAGGAAUAAUUUUACUUCAGAAUGA